AGGUAUUCCCGAAAACAACGCUUUGUGUUUUUGGAUUGUUUUGAGCUUUGAGACACAUUCCGACUGACUUGUUAACAUAUGGUAAUGAGUGUAGAUGAGCACUUGAAUCAACUGUAUAUGUUUCCUGGGUUGAGUUUCCCUCACGCCAAACAGCACUCGUCUUGUUUACAGUCCUUGUUCCUGGCAACAACGUCAUCAAGUGUGCCUGACAUCCCGGAGGCGGGGUCACAGACGAAACAGCCAAUCAGAGAGCUGAGCGGAGCGCAUGUUCAGCCCUACACUGUGUGGCUUCGCUGGAUGAUAUAAGUAGAGUGGAGCGCAACGGGCGCCUGUCAUUACAGAGGAAACACAAGUGGAGCUCAGUUUCAGAGCAAAUGGACUCUCCUACACACGAGUGGAAUCAAAACAUCUGAAUUAGUCACUGGACUCCGCUUUGAAUUCAACCUAAGGUACAAAACGACGACUUGGUACAGUACAGUUCCACUAUUUUGGAAGUUUUGCUCUGUUUUUGAUAGCUUUGGUCUUCAGUAUAAUAACACAGCGGGACUUUGUGCUGGAAUCAAUUGGGACACUAAAAGCCUCGGUGUCCAAGCAAGCAGCUUUGCAGCGAACUCUUGUAUUUGACUGUGUGAUUUUGAAAUAUGUCCACAAUAAUGGAACAGCCUUUUUAUGACGACUCGUUUCUCUCUGCUUAUGGCCAUCCAGGCGCAGCCCUGCCAGACUACAAGCUGCUAAAGCAGAAUAUGAACUUGAACUUCUCCGAUUCAUAUCGGAACUCAAACUUCAAGUCGCAGCACCUGCGCAACGACGGUGAUUUCUAUUCGGCCGGGUCAGCGGACGUGGGCUCGCUGAAGCUCGCCUCUCCGGAGCUGGAGCGCCUGAUCAUCCAAAACAGCAACGGGGUGAUCACCACCACACCGACACCUACCCAGUUCCUCUACAACCGCAGCAUCACAGAGGAGCAGGAAGGCUUCGCUGAAGGUUUUGUUAAAGCCUUGGACGACCUGCACAAAAUGAACCACAUGGCUCCUCCAAACGUUUCAAUCAGCGGCGUCUCCUGUGGCGUCCCCGGCGGCGUGGUGUGCUCGGCUCCAGCCUCGGUGUUCGGCUCAUCCAUGCAGCAGGACGGGCUCGAGUACACCACCCUGAGCAGCUGCACCACGAACCCCAGUCUGUCAUCUGGAGGCAGCUAUCCCUCCACCACCAUCAGCUACCUGCCGCCGCACCACCAGUACCACCACCAGCAUCCCCAGGCCAUGGCGCACGCAUCGCACCAUUUCCAGCACUCUCUGGCUGGCGCGGGCAUCCACUCGCAGCGGUACAGCGGCUUGAAAGAAGAGCCUCAGACGGUGCCUGACAUGCUGAGCAGCGAUUGCUCUCCACCAAUGUCUCCCAUCGAUAUGGAGAACCAGGACCGCAUGAAAACGGAGCGCAAGCGGCUGAGGAACCGGCUGGCAGCGUCAAAGUGUCGGAGGCGCAAACUGGAGCGCAUCUCCCGCCUAGAGGACAAGGUGAAGGUGCUGAAAACUGACAACGCCGGACUGUCAAGCACGGCGUCAGUACUGAGGGACCAGGUGGCCCAACUCAAACAGAAAGUCAUGACACAUGUGAGCAGUGGCUGCCAGCUCAUGUUGGCGCCCAAAGUGAAGUCUUAUUGAAGAAACAAUGCACUUUAAACAAAAAAAAACACUGGACACAAACUGCACUGACAAUGGACAAUGUCAACCUUUUCUGUACGAAAGAACUGGACCAUGAUGGUUCAUAUGGCUGAUGGAGAAGCAGCACAAAUCUAAAGACUAAAACACUUGGGGGCAUUUUUGAAUACUUUUUUUAUUUUAAAGAUGUCGUCUUGGCUUUGCCGGUUUACAUUUUACUUUAAUUGCGAUCUGUGAUACAUUCUUAUGUAACUUAUUUGUGUUCCUCAGGUUGAGCCUGUGUUUUUUUUUUUUACUUGUACAGUAUAUAUUUAAGUAAAUGAAAUUAUGAAACUAAGAUGUAUGUGGUGUGGUUUCUUAUUGGGGUUAUUUAAAACCGUAAUCUCUUGAAGUGUUAAUUCUCGUUAACAUGACCUCACUGUUAUCAAUGGUCUUUUUCUGGGCAGCAGUUGAGUUCAGAGCAGCAGCUGCUUGACGUUGGAAACGUCCCUGCGUAGGAUUGUUUUCCCAUUGACGUACAUACGUCAGUCCAUAUAUGGUCAAUUUUGCUGACAAACGUCACAGACCGAGAAGGUUUCCGGGAACUCCCUCCUACACUGCCCGUCAGUAAAGCUGCGCUCUCCCCUUCACACCGCAGUGUGUGCGUGUGAGUGUGUGGGUUUAAAUGAA